GUGAGGGGCAGGGCACGGUUAAGAGUCAUCCACAUUACCGUGGAGCAGGGUCCCUUCCCCAUUCCUGGGCGUUUCACUGACAGCUGAUCUACUUCCAAUCUACAGAGCAAUGACUCCCAUUGGAUUCCUGCACGUCAAGGAAUUCAACCAGGUUGCAGUCCUGCUGUCUGCACUCAGUGUCCUGUCUGCGGCCAAGAUUGUCACGGUGCCAGAGAAUUACGAUGGCCAUUUCCCCUGGUUCCUGACCAAGAUUGAGACCAACUCUACUGGGAACAUCAGACUCAGACUGGCUGAUGACUACAACGGGACCUUUGGGAUCGAGGAGCAAGCGUUUCUCUUCUCCCUCAGGACCUUCGAUCGGGAACAGCGGGACACCUAUGAGUUGCAGGUUAACGUUACGGACCCCGGGGGGAGACAGCUCGAAGGCCCCAUCUCUAUUACCAUCACCGUUAUGGACAGGAAUGACAAUGCUCCUGUGUUUGAAGAGGACACAUUUUUAGCCAGUGUGCACAUGGGAGCACCUGCAGGAUACCGAAUCCUCAAUAUUGUUGCCACUGACCUAGACGACCCCUUAACCCCCAACGGUGACCUGUUCUACGAGAUGAUCUCGCAAGAGCCAGCGCGACCCUCUGACAACAUGUUCCAGGUUAACGGACUGACUGGUGACCUCACACUGACUGCGGAAGGAGCUGCCACAUUGGACAUUGGUGCUGCUGACCAAUACCAGCUGGUUGUGCAGGUGAAGGACAUGGGAAAACUAAACAAAGGCAACUACGUGAAGGCAGACAUCAUUGUCAACAUAACAGAGAACACCUGGGUCCCCCUCAGCCCUGUCUCUGUGCGGGAGAACCAUGAAGGCCCUUAUCCCCUGCUUCUCUCAAAGGUUCAGUGGAACAACAACCAAGUGCGGUACAGACUGGAGUCCAGGUUUCCCGUCGAUGAGGGGCUCUUCAUCAUUGACGAGCGGGGAAGCAUCUACCUGACCCAGCCCCUGGACCGUGAGUUGGAAGCAGAGUACAAGCUUGUAAUUUCAGCGCUGGAUUACGAUGGGGAACUUUACGAUGAGCCACUGGAGUUGAAGGUGACGGUGACGGAUGAAAAUGACAACACGCCCGUCUGUUCCCCGGAGAUCUACGUGGCGAUGGUGCAGGAGCAUGAGAAGAAAGGCACCUGCGUGGCUAAACUGAGGGGUGAAGAUGAGGAUGACCAUUUGACUGAGAAUGCCGAUCUCUUCUUCCAACUCCACAAGCAGGUGCCUCAGGGUCCUGAGGAGCCUCUGUUCACUGUGGACAGUGAUGGGGUCAUCACCCUGGCCAGGGACAUGAUAGACUACCAUUCACUGACCUACCAUCUCCUGAUCCACGUCAGUGACCUAGCGGGAGCAGAAGGAGGGUUGUCGAGUACGUGCAGUGUCAUAGUUCACGUGGAUGAGUGGAAUGACCACUCCCCUGUGUUCUCCCAGGAACAGUACGGCCCAAUCAGUGUACCCGAAGAUGCUGACAUUGGGCAUGAGGUAAUUACCUUCAAGGCCACCGAUGCUGAUUUGUACAUGUCCGAAGGCUGGUUCGUUACGUACAUGUUUGAGUCCGGGAAUGAAGACCAAAUGUUUGGAAUUGUGCAGGAUGGACAGAGCAAUGUAGGGAAGCUCAUCCUACACAAGGCUCUGGACUUUGAGACAGUGAGUGAGUACAGGCUGGUGGUCACCGCCAGGAACAGCGAGGAGCUGGAGGGCACGGACUACAUUCCCAGCGCCACUACCACCGUCUCCGUCAGGGUGAAGGAUGUCAAUGAGCGGCCGGAACUCCCGCAGGGGGAGUACGAAGUGAAUGUGUCCUGGGACACGCGGCCUGGCAGCGUGUUACUGAAGCUCGAGGGACGUGACCCCGAUGUCCCGGCAAAGCCCAUCCGGUACCGGCUGAGGAACGAGUCUCAGCAGUGGCUCUCAGUUGGUGCUGAUUCCGGAGAGGUGACCUUCCUGGGCCGUCGACCUGCAGGGAGCCCCCAGCAGCUGGACGUCCUGGUGGAGGACGGAGAUGACCCUGCCUUGUUUGUCGUGGCGCACCUGGUGAUCCACAUUGAAGAAGUCUGGGAGGACGCUCCUGGUCCGUUGCUGGAAUAUUCCGGAGAUUUCCUCUGCACACCAAGGAGAGAAGAGCAAGUGAUCGCCAUCACAGUGUCCCACAGGACUGUGCCAAUGACUCUGUCUGUCGAUGGGCAGCCACUGGAGCAGAGGAAAUGGAAGAUUCAUCAAAGGAAUGACACUCUCGCGUUUCUGUCUAUUGGUCUGAGCUGGGUGGAACCGGGAGUGUACCAGGUUGUGAUUGCCCUCAGCAAGAAAGGGAAUGCGACAGUGAGACUCAGAGAAACCCUACCAGUGCAUAUUUGUACCUGCAAUUCCCAGGGUGAAUGCAGGAUUGAGGUUGAGCCGAUUCAGGGUAAACCAACUAUAUUGUCUGCAGUCAGCACCACUGCUGGCACCUUAGCUGUGAUCGGGCUCUCCAUCAUCGUCGCCCUCGUGCACCUAUCCAUAACUCGGAAACAGCGCAAGAAAAGGCAGAGGGAUGUCAGCAUUGAAGCCACUCCUCUGCGCCCCUCUGCAUAGGUGCCCCGUUCAACAACCAACUGCAUUGCUUGAUCAGAAUGUCCAGCUGAACAUCGGGGAGAGUCCACGCUGGAAUCCAAGUCUAACUCUGACUUUGUUCAUUUCAUUUCUUGCUGUAUUAUUUGCUGACCCUGUUUAUCUUUGCAUUAGAACAAAUAGCUAGGACAUUCAGAGAUUUCUAAACCACAAUUCUAACUCAACUUGUUUGGCACUGUUAAUCUUCGCACUAAGAUUGGAGGGGAGAUAUGAAAUGGGGUAAAAUUAUACUGGCCAUCUCCCCUCCCCACUCCGAGUCCUGGUGCAGAGCCGUCAACAGUUCCCUUCCCCCCACAUCUGCUGCCCUACCUGCUGAGUUCCUCCAGCAGAUAGUUUCUUGAAUGAAAUGGGCGUUGGAGUGUAGACCUCCUGAACUUAGUCCACACUAUAUCAGGACUCAACACCGUGCAGAUGAUGCAGUCAGGGUGUUACCAUGGAUACUGGAGGUAGGAAGAGGUCAGGUGAUCCAUGGAGCCCAUGCCCAUGCUGACUGUAAUACCAGGACUGGACACUUUCUCCACCCUCACUCCACUCACAUCCCUACGAAAGGCGGGGGUAGGACCUUGGACUGGUAAUGGAGGACAGCUGAGUUUAUAAAUCAGUGCAGGAAGUAGCACAGUGAGACCGGGCUCACAACGUACAACCUUGGCCAUGAACGUAGACAUAGAACAACAUGGAACAGUACAGAACAAGAACAGGCCCUAUGGCUCACAAUGUCUCUGCUGAGCUUGAAGCCAAAUUAAACCAAUCCCUUCUGCCUGCACAUGGUCCAUAUCCCUCCCUUCCCUGCAUAUCCACGUGCCUGUUUAACAACCUCUUGAGCGCUCCUAUCAUAUCUGCUCCCACUACUAUCCCUGACAGCCCGUUCCAGGUACCCACCCUUCCCUGAGGAAAAAAACUUGCCCCGCACAUCUCCUUUAAACUUCCCCCCUCUCACCUUAAACCUAUGCCCUAAGUAUUCGACAUUUCUCCCCUGGGAACGUAGAGACCUGAAGUGGUGGCUGGUGCGCUACGUUGUGGUAAGGCAGGAUCCCUCAUCGCAUGAUACGAAAAUACAGGUGUAUUCAAAGAGAAUGACCUGAGGGCUGCAGACCCAGGUGAGAAGAUGGGGUUGGGCUUAUUUUCAUAUCAUGAGAUGUGGGGUGAAUAGUUCCCUGCCUCCUUCUAUCUCCUAAAUUUCCUUUGGUUUUAUGAUUCUCUGUAACAUGUGUAACAGGAUGAUAUAUUGUGGGUGUGAUAUACCUGUAUGCUAUGUUAUGUGAUAUAUCGGGUUAUAUGUUAUGUGCGAUGGAUAGGGAUGAUAGAUUAUGAGUGUGGAGAUUGGGGUGAGGUAUUCUGAAUGGGGUGAUAUAUUAUUGGGGAGAUAUUUUGGAGUGAGUUAUUGGGGGUGGAUAUAGUCCCUUGUGUCUGAAAGUGCUGGGGUACUUUCUCUAGCAGGGAGAAGGUUAAACAUGAUCUAAUAAAUGUCUUUCAAGUUA